ACCAUUAAGAACAAAAAGUGAAAGAAAAAGGAAGAAAAAAAAGAGAGAAGGAAAUAUCGCAGAACUGAGAAAGCAUGAAAGCUUGAUUCACAGGCAAGAAUCAAAUCACAGCAAUGGUUCCUCUCUCUCUCUGUCUCUCUUUCUCUCUCUCCUCUUCUUUCCUCUCUAGCUUUCUUCAGUUCGUAAGCGAUAAUGCCAGAAGAAAUUAGGGUUUCUGCAAACCGAUCGGUGCUGAUCUCUAUGGUGUCGAUCUCUAUGUUGCCGUUAAAUGCUUCAGAUCCGAGUGCUUUGUUUUGGAGUCGUAUCAUUGUAAUUGGCAUUUGAAGUUGUUUGUCUCUUGAAUUUGCGAUCUUAGUCGUGCUCAAUGACUCUGUUUGAAGUUGUUUGACUUUGCCGACGGUGCGACAAGCGCUGGGAGUUUCUUGAAAAGGCGGUGUUUGCUUUAUAGUUUGAAGGUUUAUACUACUUUGGGGUUGAAUUAGGGUUGAAUUAAGGUCAUAUUUCUACGACUUGCGUGUCAACUCAAGGAAAACUAGGGUUUUACAGCCAUGAAGAUUUUAUAUUGAUUCGUGCGUUAUGUUGUGUUCUGACACUGCAAUUUUUUAUGAUGCGGAAGUUUAGAUCAUUGCGUUGAUGUAAAUGCAACAGUUAAGUAUCGGGAAUGAUUGGGUUUUUGAGUUAACUUGAAUGCCUUACAUGGAAUGAUGAUAAAUUAUAACUUGCUAUACGCGUAAUUAAUAAUUUUUGAGCCUUCUUCGGUAGGGAAAGGUGCAUACAGGUUUGGUAAAUUGGUUCCGCUUAUGAGAUUGGGCACUUGGAGCAGAAGCUGGAUGUGUAUUAUGGGUUCUUGGUUUUAUGAGAAGGGUUGUUUGGUUUGAUUCGUUAACAAAAAAGAGCUGUUUGAUUUUGGUUCUUAUGGUGGCUUUUUGGUAUUGAGAUUUUGAGCGAGGGGAAAUUGAGUGGCAAAAUUGGAAAUGCCAGCUUCCACGGCAUUGAGAUGCUCUCCGGCAAGGGAGCUCAGAGGGGAAAGUCACAGGCGGGGUCGUAGUCUGGAGAAUGGGUUGCUCUUCAGAGAGAAGGAUGAUGAUCUCGCUUUAUUCAAUGAAAUGCAAUCGAGAGAAAGAGAAAACUUUUUGCUCCAGUCAACUGAUGAUUUCAAUGAUUCUUUAUCGACAAAAUUAAGAUACUUUCCAGAUUUCAAGCUGGGAAUCUCAGUUCCUGUUAGAGGAGAGAGUAGUGACUUGCUUAAUGCGGAUGGGGAGAAGAAUGAUUAUGAUUGGUUAUUGACUCCUCCGGAUACGCCACUUUUCCCUUCAUUGGACGAUGAGACACCGACAGUUAAUCUUGCACACAGGGGAAGGCCUCGAAGUCAGCCCAUUUCUAUCUCAAGAUCAUCCACGAUGGAGAAAAGUUACCGAAGCAGUAGGGGAAGUGCGAGCCCACAUCGCUCAAGUCCAUCUCCUCGAUCUGUGAAUAGUGCAUUCCAAUCAAGGGGAAGGCCAUCGUCAGCACCUCAGUCUAGUCCAACUCCUACUCUGCGGCAUGCAACUCCAUCACGAAGAUCAUCUCCUCCCCCUAGUAAACCCUCAACACCUGCUCCGAGGUCAUCUACUCCAACUCCCCGCAGGAUGAGUACGGCAUCCAGUAGUACUUCUGCCUCAUCUGGUGUAAGGGGAACUUCCCCUGUAAAGGCAAAUCGUGGAAACUCCGCUUCACCAAAAAUAAGGGCAUGGCAGUCAAAUAUUCCAGGUUUCUCAUCCGAUGCACCCCCUAAUCUUCGAACUUCUCUAGCUGAUCGACCGGCGUCUUAUGUAAGGGGCUCUUCACCAGCAUCCAGGUAUGGUAGGGAUUCACCUUCAAAAUUUGGCAGACAAUCAACAUCCCCCACUGCCUCUAGAAGCAUCAGUUCAUCGCAUAGCCAUGAUCGAGACCGAGUUAUCUCCCACAGUAAAGGUUCUGUGGCAUCAUCUGGCGAUGAUGAUUUAGACUCUCCACAGUCCAUACCUUUGGGCUGCUCUGACGGCUCAGCUUCAAAGAGAGUUGGUGCAUUUUCAAAUAACAGAGCUCUGCCCUUUUCCAAAAAGCCAUACAGAACUCUCUCGUCCAGUUCGGCUCCAAAAAGAUCCCUGGAUUCCACAGUUCGAAAUAUGGAUCAACGCAAAAGUCCUCAGAAUAUGUUCAGGCCACUCUUAUCUAGUGUUCCCAGUACCACUUUCUAUGUUGGAAAAGCAAGUUCUGCACAUCGAACCAUGAUAUCAAGGAAUUCUUCAGUGACAACCAGCAGUAAUGCUAGUUCUGAUCUAGGUACAAGUUUUGCACCUGAUACUGAAGGGAGUGACCAAAACCAUGAUGAUGCAGCAAGUGAAUGUGGGAAGGGACAUGAAGUUCAGGAUGAAGUGUUUGCUUUGGAAAUGGUAAAUGAAGACAUUGGUCAGGAAACCCAUGAUGGAUCACAAAACAUUCAGCAUGGUGACUUUGAUAAAGGAGGUCCCUCUGAUUCUGAAUGUUUUUGCCACAAUGGUACUGCUGUGGCAGUCAGUGCAGCUUCUGAAGCUAUACAAGACAGGGCUGAUUUUGCAGAAGUUGAUAGUUUUGAGGACACAAUCUGUUCUAAAUGUGGCUGCAGAUAUGAUCCCAGUGAUCCUGUUGAAAGGGAUGGUAAAAUUUGUCCUGAUUGCAGUAGGAAAGAGGGACUGUUGACUAUUGCCACUCCAGUGACAACAGUUGUCUUGCAGAAUUCCCCAGAUCUGUCCUUAAAUACUUCAAAAGAAUAUAAGCCACUUAGUGAAAUAGAAACUGUCGUGGCUUUGCCUGAACCAUUAGAAGAUGCUGAUAUAGGUGAACCAGCGAUAAUCCAGCGCAAAGAUAGUUUUGGACAAAGUCAGAAUUGCUACAUUGAGCAAAGUGAGAGUCUCUUGCGGGACGGUACUAUCCCAGUGUCAUUGGCAGGGGACGAUGAGCGGCAGAUAUUUUUGGGUCAAAAAGGAAUGAGGGAACCAAGUGUUGAUUAUAGCAUACCUCAUACUCGUAGCGAGACUGGAGGCCAGCAGUUGGAACAACUCAAGGAUGACCAGAAUUCAAAGAUUGAUCCUUCUGGAGGUACAGGCAUUUCUGUGCUUCUGCUGAAUAGGUCAAACAGUGGUAAGGGGCAUGUUGUUCAAGGAAGGACUUUUACUGCCUCUACUGUACCUUGUGAUGACCCAUCUUAUGCAAGAGACAGCACAAAUAGUUUAAGAAUUUCUGUUGGGCAUGGGAGUGCCUCGGCGUCAUCUUCUGUUGAUUUGACCUCGGCUAGGCAAACAGAAGCUCGUGUACAACGGCAGUUAAGUGGCAGGAAGUCUGACAUGGAGAAUUACAGACACGACGUGAACAUAAAACUUCACAGCAUCGGAUCAUCUUUCUCUGGAACUCCAAAUCCUUUUUAUCCAGCAUUAGGUCUUGCAAGGAACAUACAUGAAGAAAAUUGUAAGAUAUCUGUUAGCAAAAUGGAAUAUGAUGUUGAGGAAACACCUGUGUCGUCUCAAGAACACGUGCCCUCUUCAGAAGAUAUAGAAGUGGAUAAUUUAAAUCGGUCUUUUAUGAGGACAUCAGUUCCUGGGGAGGACAAUUAUGGAAGCAACAGGAGUGGUCAAACAAUGAAUGCUUCAGCCUCGGAACUGUCAAGCCAUACAGCAAACAGUCAGUUAGAGGAAAAUUCAGCGGCAUCACUUCCAAAUUAUGAGGAAUCUGUGUCAUCUGGUGAAGACUUAUCAAAAUACCCAAGGUGUGUCUCAGAUGUGGAGGUGUCAGCUGUGUCUCCAGAGUGUUCUUUUCUGGAGGACCAAACCUUAUUGGACACUAGUGUUGAUAGAGUGGAAGUUGCAGAGGUUCCUACUCACAGUUCUUUGGCUACAAUAUCUGAAAUAGAAAUUGAGAAUGGUCAUCAGAAUGCUCAUGAUUCACAAACUGAUGUUGAUUUCACAAAUUCAAAGAGCAGCACAGAUGAAUUUCAGGAGCUUUCAGUUCCUUCCCCUUCAGAUAAGGAUCUAACCACUUCUGUUCCAGAGGCCAACUCUUUUGAUCAUGUGCAUGACACCCCAGAGGAAUCAACUGUGAUGCUGGGGGGCCAAGGAGGAAAUAGGGCUCGAAGCCUUACACUAGAAGAAGCAACGGAUACCAUACUCUUCUGCAGUUCCAUUGUUCACAAUCUGGCCUACCAGGCUGCAACCAUUGCAAUUGACAAGGAAAACUCAACCCCAUUGGAAGGUUCUUGGCCGACAGUCACUAUAGUGGGAAAAUCCAGCUCAGACCGAAAUUCACGUGGCAGAAAUGGCAGCAAACGCUCUUUGAGAUCCCAGAAAGUUAGGCAGAAGCGGGUGGAAACUGAUCACACAAGAACCCCAUCUACCAAAACGGAGAAUGAUGAGAAUAGCGGUGAAUCCUUGACACGAAAUGUUGGGCUUCCCAACAAAGUUGACAGCAAUGUGAAGCCUCCAAAGCUGGAAUCUAAGUGCAAUUGCACUAUAAUGUGAAGGAAUUUCAUUCAGAGCAUGCCUUUUUGAAGGGAGAGAAGGAGGUUGUAAUUUUAAGGGUUUUUUUUUCUUAAUGUUUGUAGGGCCUUUUUGGAUGAUUGCCAAUUGGCUUCUGUUGGUUCCAAUUUAUUUGUAAGAAAUCCCACAUUGCAACUGUGGCAUAAAUCAUCAUUGUAAAGUUCUUUUUCUUUUUUCUUUUUCCAUUUUACUACUGUUAGGUUGAUCCCAAUUAGCUAGGAGCAGUGGAGGUUUGUGUAUUCUCCGGGUUGCGUAUUUUUGUUAGUAUUAUUAUUUCCCAAUUUGGUGAAGCAUUCAUAUUCAUUAUUAUUAUUUGAGGAUUGAAGGUGUUCCUCUGAUUCUGUAAAUUGAAUAUUUGCUUAGGUC